AUGGAUCUCGACGAUUGGGUUACCAACUCGAAUGAGUGCUUCUUCCUCAACCUGUACCGCCCGGGCACCGACAGCAAACAGCCGCGCGUGUUCGACGACUCGUUCAACCCCAGCUUCACCUACGCGGUCAUUGACGAGAACGAGACAAUCACAGGAUAUAAAAAUCCCAAAAUCGAGCUAGACUUUCGCGCAAACGAUCUGAAGCCAAGGCUCAAGAUCCAGUAUGACGAGAAGCUGGAGCUCAAGGACGUCCCCGACAUCACGCAAGUCGACCUGUCGCCCGAGUUGUUCCGCGAACAUCUGCCAGAGCCCAUACCGGACGACGCAAAUGUGACGUCGAAAGAUUGGAAGCCGCCGGGCGUGCUCAUGAACAGCUUCAGUGUUGAAGGGAAGCAGUACGAGAUAUGGAAGACGCCGCUGGCUGAUGAGACUGCCCGUCGGAUAUGGAAGAACAUGCGCAUAUUAGUGCUGCUGUUCAUUGAAGGAGCGACGACCGAAGGGCUUGAUGAUGAGGAGACACUGGACCGCUGGUCACUCUACCUAUUGUACGACGUCACACCUCUGCCCAAAGCUACCACGACACCCUACACACUAGCCGGGUUCUCCACAUCGUACCGAUGCUGGAUCUUCCCGACCUUUGACAUUAUGCGCGCCACUAAACAGCUUCCCUCUCCACCACCAGAAGCCAGCGCUGAACCACAAAAGUACACGCCUCCACGUCUUACACAAGAUCCCGAGACUUUCCUCUUCAAUGAGAAGCUCGACCGUCUUGAGACGUCUUCCCGGGAGAGGAUAUCGCAAUUCUUGAUUCUGCCACCAUACCAGGGUCAAUCACUCGGUGCUCACUUGUACGACAUCAUCUUUGAGGACUUGGUCAAGAAGCCGUUCAUCUAUGAGAUCCCGGUCGAAGAUCCAAGCGAGGCGUUCGAUGCCAUGCGAGACUACAGUGACAUCGUCUACCUACGCAAGCUGCCUGCCUUCCAAUCGCUCUCCGUCGCAUCAAAUCUGCCUCCCGAGUCUCUUCGAAAGGACUCACCUAUACCUCGAAACCAAAUCCUCGGCAACGGCACAGAUCUGGAGAAACUCCGCCACGAGACCAAGAUUGUCUCAAGACAGUUCUACAGAAUGAUCCCUUCCUCCAACCGCAACCGGGCGCGAAUCACCCGCAAGGCAAAGUCAAGCAACGAGAACGACCGCAAAUACUACUUCUGGCGGUUGGCUCUCAAGCACCGCAUCUACGGCCAGAACGCAGACGCUCUGGACCAAAUGGAGGUGUCGGAAAAAGUCGAAAAGUUGGAAGCCGCUGUCGACAACCAGCAGGAAGAGUACGAGGAGCGUCUCGAGGGCUUGGAGAAGCGUGCUGAAUUCGCUGCCGGACAGGGCUCGUCUGCUGGCCCGCGUACAGUACCGAAGCGCAAGAGGGCGAUUGUGGAUGAGGAAGACGAGGAGUGGGAGGACAUGGAUGAUGCGUCGGUGGCUAGCUCGAAGCGGAUGAAAUCCUGA